AUGGCGGCGCUCAUGUACAACGUGAGUCGAGGAUUUGUAAUGUUAGGAGAGCGUAGUUUAUUGCAGAGAGGACGUUACCAGAUCUUGGUUAAUUCUAGGCGAUUUCUCCGAGGCCUCCGGCGGAGACCCGUGGCUGUGUUUUACCCGGAUGGUGAACGAGAGACAUUAAUAAAAUCAAAAAGAGCAACUGAUACAACGAGCCAGGGGUUCACACAGAAGGGCAAAACGAGAGAGCAAGUCAAAGAGAGAUCUGCUAACAAAAAGUGCAGCGGUCAUGUGUCUGAACGCGCAGAAGAGUCUCCUCAGAUUAAUAAACUCAAACUUGCAGGGCUGCGCUUUGAAAAGGCCCCUGCCGGAGACAACAGACUCGCGAGGGUGUCCAGCGUGGCCCGCUCCAGAACGUUUCGGGAUAAAGAGGGUAAGGUGCUGCUGGAGGGCCGGCGUCUGAUCUGUGACGCUCUCUCAGUUGGAGCGUCUCCUCAGAUGAUCUUCUUCAGUUUGCUGGAGCGACUGCAGGAGCUUCCUCUGGACAAACUACAGCAAGCCAAGCUCAUCAAGGUCAAGUAUGAAGACAUCAAGAUGUGGUCUGACCUGGUCACUCCUCAGGGUCUUAUCGCUAUAUUCUCAAAACCUGAUGCCUCCCGCCUGACAUUUCCAAAGGACGCACGUCUUCAGUCUGUGCCUUUGUUUCUAAUAUGCGAUAAUGUGCGAGACGCUGGAAAUCUGGGAACUAUUCUACGCUGUGCAGCAGCAGCAGGCUGUGACCGUGUUCUUCUAUCCAAAGGUUGUGUGGAUGCCUGGGAGCCCAAGGUUUUACGUUCGGCUAUGGGAGCUCAUUUCCGCCUUCCAGUCUUUCCAAACUUGGACUGGGAUGACAUUUCCAAGCACUUACCGAAGAAUGUGAUUGUCCAUGUUGCAGAUAACUAUAGCACUUCAACAAAACAACCCAUUUCAGGUCAAACAGAGAACGUUUCUUCAGAGGAUUACAGUGAAAGCGACUCUGAUGAUGAUGAUGAUGAUGAUGAUGAUGAAGAUGAAGAUUCUCUGCCGCACGUGAAGCCUCAGGUGUACCAUGAGAGUUGGGCUCGGGGAAGCACAGCCCUGGUCAUUGGUGGAGAGACGCACGGACUGAGUGUGGAGGCUCUUCAUCUGGCUGAGGAAACGGAUGGAAAGAGGCUUUUUGUGCCCAUGGCUCCAGGAGUGGAGAGUCUGAACUCUGCCAUGGCUGCUGGUAUUCUGCUGUUUGAAGGCAGACGGCAGUUUCUGAUGUUGUCGGACAAAUCGCGGAGAAGAGCAAGAACUAAAAUGUUGUAGUAGAGUGUUUUUCUUGUAAUGUAAAAAGAUAUUUCAUCAA